GUUGGCCUGGCGCGCCAGAGGGCCACGGAACGGCUUAGCGGCCUCCGCCGCGAAAAGGCUGCGCUGUGUGCGGAGCUGGAGGUGGCUAAGCGAGCGUUGGUUGCGGCUGAAGCAGAGGUUGCAGCCAGCGAUGAGCACCUGUGCGCACAGGAGCAGGCGGUGGCCUCCGUGCGACAUCAGUGCCGAGCGAAGGCGCAGUCUCUGGAAAAGCUCAAAGCCGUGAAGGAAGAAUUUUUCCGCGAGGUGGCUGAGGAGAAGCGAAGGCGCCAGGAGCUCCGGGAAAAGAUUCGGGCCUGGCUGGCCGAGCAGGAAGCUGCUGAAAAGGUGCUGCAGGCAAAGGUGGACCAGCAGCCCAAAGAGCUCGAGUCUCUCAAAGAGCAGCGUGAGGCCAUGCGCCGCCGAAGUGUGGAGGCAGGUAUCGUAACUGCCGCCGAGCGGCAGCGUGCCGAGGAGUCCCGAACUGUCAUCCCCUUAUACAAGAAGCAGAGGGAGGAAAUCCUGGAAGAGAUCCGGGAUCUCAUCGUCCAGGACGAUGCGGCCAAGCAAGAGCUGGAGAAGGUCCAGGGAACCCUUUUAGCGAAGCAGCACAAG